GCGGGCUACCCAGCGUGGGGCGGAGAGCAACGUGGUGUGUGUGUGUGUGCGCGCGCGGGCGCGGGUGUGUGUGCGAGCUCCGUGUGGCGGUGUCAACGGCCGCGCCGCGCGACUUGCCUUGUGUUCCAGUGUUUCCGCGCUCCGCCAGCUUGCACCAGGCGCAGCGGACGCGAUGCGGUGCUUCUGCAGAAAGAUCCGCGCCUUCCACGUCAAGGUGGUACUCCUGGACGAACAGGAGCUCAUACAGGAAGUGCAGGACAACAGCCCUGGACAAGAGAUACUGGACACCGUGUUCAGGCACCUCAACCUCAUCGAGACGGCCUACUUCGGCCUCAGAUACCUGGACGCCUCCAACCAAACGCACUGGCUGGACCCGUCCAAGAAGAUCGCCAAGCAACUGAAAGGCACUGACCCCUUGACCCUGUACUUCGGCGUGAAGUUCUACGCCGCCGACCCUUGCAAGCUGUUGGAGGAAAUCACCAGAUACCAGUUCUUCCUGCAGGUGAAGCAGGACAUCCUGAAAGGAAGACUGCCCGUGUCCUUCGACCUCGCCGCCGAGCUGGGGUCGUACGUGGUCCAGUCCGAGAUGGGCGACUACGACCCCAGGCGACACUCGCCGGGGUACGUGUCCGAGUUCCGCUUCCUGUCCAACCAGACGGUCGAGCUGGAGUCCCGGAUAGCGGAGCUGCACAAGGGGCUAGUGGGUCAGCUGCCGGCGGUGGCGGAGCUCAGCUACCUGGACAAGGUCAAGUGGCUGGAGAUGUACGGAGUGGACCUGCACCCCGUCCUGGGCGAAGACAACGUGGAGUACUUCCUGGGCCUGACUCCUAGUGGCAUCAUCGUGUUGAGGAACAAGACCAAAGUUGGUAACUAUUAUUGGCCCAGGAUAAGUAAGAUAUACUUCAAAGGCCGCUACUUCAUGUUGCGAGUAUGUGAUAAAAACAACGACGAGAACACGUACGGGUUCGAGACGCCGUCGAAGCCGGCGUGCAAGCACCUGUGGCGGUGCUGCGUGGAGCACCACGCCUUCUUCCGGCUGCUGCAGGUGUCUCCGGCCGGCCAGGACAUCUUCGCGCUGGGCUCUCGCUUCAGGUACAGCGGUCGCACGGAGAAGCAGGCCCAGAGAGAUGCGCAGAUACGCCUGCGCAGCCCGCCGCAGUUCACCCGCACGCCGAGCAGGCGCUACCAGCGCCGCAUCGUGGAGGGGGCGCAAGACGCUCCUAAAGUAGAAGAAACUGUGAACAACGAGAAUAUUCCCCCGCUGGAAAUGAAAUCUGUAUCUAUACCACAGCCUGCUCAUUCCGUGGGCAGCCUCUACAGAUCGACGUGCAGCAUCCCGGCCGCGCUGCCUUCGCACGGGAGGCCCGACUCCCCGCGCAGCACUCGCAGCGCCCCCUGGACCCAGCCCCACGCGCGCGGCCUCUACGCCGGCGCCAGCCCGCGCUCGGUCCGCUCCGCCGGCCACAACCCCCAGCUGCCCGGGCGCCUGGCCCGCCGGUCGUCCAGCGUCGAGAGCCAGAGCUCCAACGACUCACGCUCCUGCAAGAAGCAUCGCCACCAUCGGAGUCGGCGAGGCUCCGACAACGACAGUGAGCUGUCCAAAUGUUCAGGAAAGUCUCACAGCCACCGCAGACAUCGGCACCGUUCGCACGGAACCAAGAGAGACUCCGGCAGCGAACAAGAUCAACACCACAGACACAGGCACAAGAGCUACUCGCGUCACAGGCAUAGUGGCAGCCACUAUGAGCUCGUGGACUCGGAGGCGCAGUGGAAAGAGGUGCAGCGCAAGCAGGCGGAAGGCGGGACCGGCAUCCAGCAGGCGACGGUCGUCACCAACCACCGCUCGGGAUACAUGAACAGCGGGAUGGAGACCGAGUCGGAGCAGUCCUACCACCACAAGAGGAAACACAAGAAGCACCGUUCAAGAUCCAGGUCUCCUUCGGACGCGAAGGCGCGACUGCCGGACGAACUGAAGAAGCACCUGGAGUUUGGCCUCAUCGAAACGGAAGGCAUGAGCGAGUCUCAGCUGCGGGAGAUCCCCUACAAAGUGGUGGAGACCCCGGGCAAGGGGCCGCGAGUGAAGCUGUCGCCCAGCAGCAAGCACCGGCAACGAUCUCCUCGCAGGGCUAAGAGCUGCUCCGCGCAGGACGAGAGGUGCGUGCCCCCCAGCAGCGGAGACAGCCCCCCGCCCCCCUACUCCCCCCCGCAGGCCCAGGGCCACCCCCCCGGCGCCCCCAGGCCCAGCUCCGCGGACGACCUGGACCGCAUUGCGGAGACCAAGCCCCCGCCCGACGCCGUCAACAGCUCGGCGAGCCAGAGCCCCGCGGGCUCCUUGCGCAACAGGGUGGGGCGGGACGACAACAACAUCAACCUGUGCGGCGGCGCCAGCGGCAACCUGCCAAGGAUCUCGACCGCCCUCGGGAUCCCCGACUACUCGUCGGUGAACAAGGGCGCCCACCACCAUGCCGCCACGCGUGCCUUCAGCUCGGCGUUGUACGACAACCCGGGCUUCCUGCUCAGCAAGAUGAACGGCCACUCGUCCCUCGGCUCCGGCAAGCCCCACCCCCACCACCCCCACCACCACCACUCCUCGGCAAACAGCAACAACAACUACCACCCCGCAAGCAACAUCAACCACGAGCACUCGGAUUCCGGCCUGAGCGCCGGCUCGCAGGACUACAGCUCUUACGUCGCGGAUCACCCAAGCGAUGUGCCGAAGUACGCACAAACAACGAAACUGUGCACGACUUCGUCGCAAGCAUCCUUCGUGAGUACCGGCGGCCUCACUAACAACUCCCCCCUCCACAACCACCAAGGCCACGGCCAGUCGCGGGCCUACCCCUUCAGCUCCCUGCGCCACCACCACCACCAGCCGCCUGCCCCCCUCGCCCUUGUAAAUAGGCACUGGCACUGGGAGCGGGAGCGGGACGCCUCUUCCGGGACCUACCGCACGCUGCCUGGCACGGGGGCUUGUAACACUAACAAUAACUGGAGCGGGAGCGGCCGGAGAGGUGGCGGACCCCUGUACUUCCAGCACCACUCGUCCGGCAGCACGCGAGGAACCGCGACGACGGACGCGACGCGACACGGCCCACCGCGGGAGAAUAGCCGCACCGCGGCGUCCGCUCACGGGAUAUAUCGCUCCGCCAGCCUUGAGCUAAUCCUCUCGCCCAUCAUACAAAGCACUUACCAGCCGGCGGCGCGGUGAUGGGCUCGGGGUGGGGCAAAGACCCGGAGACCAUCAGGGAGGAUGACGAGUCCCUGGAGCACACGGGGAGCGACUCCUCGCCCUGCAAGUCCACCGCGGCCGCACUCACCCAAACCAACGGCCGCGAGGUCACCCACGAGAUGAGCACGGAACUGUGAACCACACAACGCGAGAGAAAAGACUGUUCCUUACACAGACUGAUGAAACUGCACCAAUUUCUGCCUUUGAUGUAGCACUGAGUGUUUUGAUACAGAUCGAGUAUUUAUUCGAGUUAUGACUGAUGGAAUGGAUGUAAUGUUCUGCUCCGUGGAACUCAAUAAUUAUGCUGAAUAUUAUGCUAUGUUUUAUGGCUAAUGAAGUAUUUAUAAAUCUUAUUCACUCUGUUUACUUAGUUGUAUUGCCGCAUUAGCAUAAAUGAAAUAUUUAAUCAAGCUUCAAAAUGAAAUUUUGUUUCGUAUAGAAAAAUGUGAUUUGAAUUUUGGGAAAAAAAUAUUUAUACUUAUAUCUCAAUAGUAUUAUCAUCAAAAAAACUAAUGUGCCAUUAUCAAUACUUCAUAUCUAGCCAUGCUUAAGUGAUAUAAUGAAUGUAAAUAUUUUUAAUUUUUUAAAAAGGUGACAUUUUUUAUGUGUGUGUUAAUAAUUUGAGUUUGUCUCAUGUGAUGCUUUCUGUUUGUGUACAUUUUGAUUUCUAUGCAAUCAUGUAUUGUUACAUUUAUAUCUGUGUACGUAUGUAUUUUAAUUUGUACAUAUUGCAUGAUGUAAAUAAUGGAAUGCAUUGCAAGUUUCAGAAGUGUUUGGUACAGAAAAGGUGAAGGAAGACUCUGCAAUUGAAGCACUUGCUCAUAACCGUCAUAAUAACAGGGUUAUAGCUAUGAUUUACUUACAUAGCUAUAUGUAAGUCUGUGCCUAUUUAGAUGUCCAGACAAAUGCAGUUCACAGUAUUUAAAGGUGUGUGUAUUACUUGUGUUUUUGACAUCAGAGUGAGCAGGUGUUUUCAUGUACAUAAUGAAUGGUAACGUUGGUUGGUUCUUAUCUGUUUGAUGGUGGAUGUAUUGUUAAAGUGUGUUUAAUGCUCAGUACGAAGUGGACUGUAAACCAAAUGUUUUUGUACUAUUGUCUGAUAACAAUUUUUUGUAAGGUAUGCAAACGUAUCCAGUCAAGUUUUUGCCACAAAAUUUUCAGUUAGUUUAAUGUUUACCAGUUAUGCAAAUAAAUGUCUUUAAAAAAA